CGAAUACGGAAAAUGUGUUCUACCAUGAUGCAAAAGGAAAGCAAUUGCAAGAAAUUGAUCUGUACAGUGAUGAAGAACAGGAAGAGGUCGAGAAUUUGAUUGAUACAACUUACAAAUUCUUUCACAAAAGUAAAUACUUGAAUCAUUCAGAAGAAAAUAUAACUGCAGGAAGGGUUUUAGCGCUUGAAAUAGCGACUUACUAUUUUAAUGAACGAUGGGGAAAUAUGACGCAAAAAAAGAUGCUUAAAAUUGACCAGUCUUUUAGUGAUCUCACAACUGUGAUCAAACUUAUCCGAAGAGAUCUCAGUGCUAUUGAUGACAGAUCACACUUGAUUAUCUUCAUUCAAGUUGAUGAGUUCCAGCUUGAUCCCAAGCUCAUGGUUGCCAUGCUUCGCUAUUUAACGGAAUAUAUCGCGGAAGGUAAUUUCACAAAUGAAAGCACCGUUUUAAUUCCAUUCAUGACUGGUACAUCACCAAUAUCGAUUGAGAAUAUGGAAGUUUCUAACUGUUCUGCUACAAUGUAUUCUUUAAGACAUCAUUUUCUAUCUCCAUUAGGAAAAAAGAUUUCUUGCGAACUUGUUGCAAGUUCCGCACAUUAUCAUGCAUCAAUAAAAGGUUGUAAUAUGAUGUAUAUAGAGGUGAAAGAGAAUACCAAUACACUUGUGUCUGUAUUAAUUGAUGCUUGUGGUGGCAUUGCCAUUUGUCUGAUUCAACUUAGUACUACAGUUGGAACUUAUGAACAUAGAGGCAUUAUAUUUUUGAAGGUUGAUGAUGAUGAUGAAUUAACUGCAUGUUUUCUUCUGAUCUUUAUAAAUACUAUUGCUUCAAUAUAUAAACUUCGCUUCUUAGAAAUUUUGUUAAACCUCUUGUGCCGAUUGGAUGAAGAUUCUUUUCCAGAUUUUAUCAUGGCUAAACAUUACUCAGAAUACUAUUUGCUGCGGCAGGCAGGUUAUACAACUGUCCAGUUUAGGGAAAUAUAUGGAAACUUUGUUCUACGUCCGAAAUGUCCCGGUAAAUAUUCCGAAUUUGAAAAGCCACAAAUAUCGGAUCGUAAGAAGAUAGCAGUUAUUGCAGAAGGUGAAAAGUACAAAGAAAUGAUUAUUGAUUCCACCAGUGAUGAACAGUAUAAGUAUGUUGCAGCGCUUUCAUCAAGGCAUCAGCUAUCAGCCAGCGCUGUUUGUCAAAUCAAUAUGGAAGUUGUCCUAAAUGAAAUCAAGAAGGCAAUUGCAGUAUUAUGCGGCAAUGACCUUUUUUCUUUUAUCGGUGUUUAUGGUGGGUUGUUGAGAUUCAUUGCAAAAUCACCAGACGAAUUAGAAUAUGAUGAAACCAAAGAUGAGAAAAAAUAA